AUGUCCGCUGCGCUGACUCGAGAUGUCCUCAAUUUAAUUCCACAAAGUGUCGCCGUCUUCGACCGCAUAACCGUCAGGAUUGGACUACUGGGAUACUGUAUCAAUGACACAUGUACGCAAUAUCACCUUGGAUAUCGACUUCCGGCGCUAUUGGUGGGCGGUCCGGUAGGACUGGAUUUCCUGAGUCGAGCCACCACUACCGCGCUGGUGAUCAACCCGAUCUUCACUGCGUUCAGUGCAGCCUGUCUGGUCGCUUUCCUCGUCUCGAUCUUCUUGAAGAAGCCAGCAAUCGUAUUCGCACUGAUGACGCUGAACACGAUCAUCGGGAUUGUCUGUCUGAUCAUCGAUUUCACUAUCUUCGUCAGAGCCUAUUGGCUCGUACGUAAUUCUCAGGGCGGGAUCUUCGGUAUGGUCGGCGUCGAAUACGGGAGUGCCUUGUGGCUCAUGCUCGCCGCCGUCAUCUUGACUAUCUUCUCAACUCUCUUCUUCGCUGGCACUCUACAUAGAGGAAACGAUUCACGUUCAAACAAAGGAAAGAUGACAUCCGGAAGGCAUAAUGGUCCUUAG